UGGCCGUGCCCUGUUUUUCGGUGUGAAGCAGUGGCUGGGGCUGCGGCGGCGGGGACUGGGAUCUUGGUGUCGCGGGCAUUUGAGCUGUAGGUCCCCCCAGCGCGCCUGUGUCACCUCGUGCCUAGGCGAGAGCCGGCUUUUCUUCCCGGGAGAUGCGUUUGUCCCGGGCUCGGGGAAGCUCUGGGAGUUCAUGCUACGCUGGAGGCUCCUGGCCACCGCUCUAAUCGCCUUGUGCCGCGCAGCGCCAGCUCCGUCGCCGGCGGUGAGCCUCCCGGAUCCCCCCCUUGCCCCUGGCGGCGGCGAUGACUGGGGAGAAGAUCCGCUCACUGCGGAGGGACCACAAGCCCAGCAAAGAAGAGGGGGACCUGCUGGAGCCCGGGGAUGAGGAAGCGGCGGCUGCCCUCGGCGGCCCCUUUACCGGAGGCAGGAUUGGCUCAGGCGGCAGCGGCAAGGGCGGCAAAUCCUGUCAUAAGAUCUUCAGUAACCAUCACCACCGGCUGCAGCUGAAGGCAGCUUCGGCCUCCUCCAACCCCCCCGGUGCCCCGGCCCUGCUGCUGCACAAUUCCUCCGUGACUACCACCUCCCAGUCCCCGGCUCUCCUAGCGGGCACCAACCCCCUUGCUGUCGUCGCAGAUGGAGGCAGUUGCCCCGCACACUACCCGGUUCACGAGUGCGUCUUCAAGGGGGAUGUGAGGAGACUCUCUUCUCUCAUCCGCACACACAAUAUCGGGCAGAAAGAUAAUCAUGGAAACACUCCUUUACAUCUUGCUGUGAUGUUAGGAAAUAAAGAAUGUGCCCAUUUACUUUUGGCUCACAAUGCUCCAGUAAAGGUGAAAAAUGCUCAGGGAUGGAGCCCUCUGGCAGAAGCCAUCAGCUAUGGAGAUAGACAGAUGAUUACAGCUCUUUUAAGGAAGCUUAAGCAGCAGUCCAGGGAAAGUGUUGAAGAAAAACGACCUCGAUUAUUAAAAGCCCUGAAAGAGCUAGGUGACUUUUAUCUAGAACUUCACUGGGAUUUUCAAAGCUGGGUGCCUUUACUUUCCCGAAUUCUGCCUUCUGAUGCAUGUAAAAUAUACAAACAAGGUAUCAAUAUCAGGCUUGACACAACUCUCAUAGACUUUACUGAUAUGAAGUGCCAACGAGGGGAUUUAAGCUUCAUUUUCAAUGGGGAUGCGACACCCUCUGAAUCUUUUGUAGUGUUAGACAAUGAACAAAAAGUUUAUCAGCGAAUACACCAUGAGGAAUCAGAGAUGGAAACAGAAGAAGAGGUUGACAUUUUAAUGAGCAGUGAUAUUUAUUCUGCAACUUUAUCAACCAAAUCAAUUUCUUUCACGCGUGCCCAAACAGGAUGGCUUUUUCGGGAAGAUAAAACAGAAAGGGUAGGAAACUUUUUGGCAGACUUUUAUCUGGUGAAUGGACUUGUUUUAGAAUCAAGGAAAAGAAGAGAACAUCUCAGCGAAGAGGAUAUUCUUCGAAAUAAGGCCAUCAUGGAGAGUUUGAGUAAAGGUGCAAACAUAAUGGAACAGAAUUUCGAGCCGGUUCGAAGACAGUCCCUUACCCCACCUCCUCAGAACACUAUUACAUGGGAAGAAUAUAUAUCUGCUGAAAAUGGAAAAGCUCCUCAUUUGGGUAGAGAACUGGUGUGUAAGGAGAGUAAGAAAACCUUUAAAGCCACGAUAGCCAUGAGUCAGGAAUUUCCCUUAGGGAUUGAGUCAUUAUUGAAUGUUUUAGAAGUAAUAGCUCCGUUUAAGCACUUUAACAAGCUUAGAGAAUUUGUUCAGAUGAAGCUUCCUCCAGGCUUUCCUGUUAAAUUAGAUAUACCUGUGUUUCCCACGAUCACAGCCACUGUGACUUUUCAGGAGUUUCGAUAUGAUGAGUUUGAUGGCUCCAUCUUUACUAUACCUGAUGACUACAAGGAAGACCCAAGCCGUUUUCCUGAUCUUUAACUGACAUGGAAAAUGAUGUCAUCUAACCAAGGAAAAAGAAUACAGAGACCCCAGAAGUGAAUCCAAAUAGAAGGGACAAAUGCUUUCAGUGAAGAAAAGGGAAUUACUCAUUGAAUUGACACAUCAGUAAUAUGAUAUAAUGAAAUGGGCCUCUAAUGAGAAUUUCAGCAAUUCAUCAAUUCCUGAUGUGCCAUUUUCAGUCUUUUUAAAAAUAUACAUAUUACAAGCAUAAUAGUUUCACACAUUAAUAACCCUAAGACCUUCAUAUGUAAAGCAGCUAUGAGUGCUGUGAUUUGUUUUUAAAAAUUUUUACACUUCUUGUUGAA